AAACCAUGACGAAAUUAGUAAAUUACUCUUAACAAUUUCAAAACAUGCGAGCGGGGAGCCAAGUGCGGGCGGCUACAGGGACUGGGGAUGGCAACAGGAAGCGCCGGGAUGGGAAGUGACGACGGAGCGGAGGAGUUGCUACGGGAAGAGGGGACGGGGACGGAGACUGGUGAUGGCGAGCUGGGAGCUGCUACGCUGAUUGGCGAUGGCGAGGAUGCCGUCGGGAAGCAAGGAUGGGAAGAGUUGACGGCGGCAGGGUCUGGCGCCGCUCUUUUCCCUUUGUUCAUGAAGAGUCGAAGACAAAAACUGAAUUAUAGUUAGGGUUCUUUCCCAGGCCCACGAUUUUGCCUUUCAUUUUCAAUUUUUGAUUUUCUUUUUCAAUUUAUUUUAUUAAACAGAACGGUCGGAAGGGAAAAAUCGAGCGACCGGUUCGAGCAGCUCAAACGGUUAAUCGUCUUGACUGCUCGCCUGCCGCUCCAUAAAACCGUAGCAGCUAAAUGACUGGCCCGAGCCGGUUUUGCGACCAGGUGGCGGGUUUAGCGGUCUGACCAGCCGGCUCGGUCCAGUCUUAAUAACACUGGUUAUUAGCG